AGUGCCAGCGCCAAAUAGGGAGAAAGGGCUGCCUUGCGGUAGAUCUGCAAUGCUAAUGACAUCAAAGAUUUGUUGCUGGGCAUUUAUGUGCAGCCUGUGGUGCCUCGUGCUGAGGUACGUCAAAGCCAGGACAGCAGAACCGUCCGGAGUUCGUAGCUUUGGUAGCCUGGCUGAUGAUCGAAGAAUCACGAGAAAUCUUGUGGGCCUGCAUGCACCAAGCAACUUUACACUUGAAUCUGAUCAAUGUAGUCCCAGGUGCUCUCUCGUGGCUAAUGUGCCGCUGCCGGCGGCGGCGGCCGGGUAAGCAGCAUCAUGCAUC